GAGUGGACGAGGUCGGGUUGAGUGAGCGAGUCGGACGCGGGGAGCUUUUGUUGGCGCCGGCGGAGGAGGCGGCAGCGGAGGCAGGGAAGGAGCCAAGCUGGCCAUGAGCGGCGGCGUGUACGGAGGGGAUGAAGUCGGCGCUCUCGUAUUUGAUAUUGGCUCCUAUACCGUUCGGGCUGGCUAUGCCGGGGAGGACUGUCCAAAGGUUGAUUUUCCCACCGCCAUCGGUGUGGUCCUGGACCGGGAUGAUGGCAGCUCCAUGAUGGAGAUCGACGGUGACAAAAACAAGCAAGGGGGGCCAACGUACUACAUAGACACAAAUGCAUUGCGAGUCCCGAGGGAGAACAUGGAGGCCACGUUGCCUUUGAAAAAUGGGAUGAUUGAAGACUGGGAUAGCUUCCAAGCAAUUCUGGAUCACACCUACAAGAUGCAUAUUAAAUCUGAAGCGUCUCUGCAUCCUGUCCUAAUGUCUGAAGCACCUUGGAAUACCAGAGCCAAGCGCGAGAAGCUGACGGAACUGAUGUUUGAACAUUACAAUAUCCCUGCUUUCUUCUUGUGCAAAACGGCGGUCCUUACAGCCUUUGCUAAUGGCAGAUCAACUGGACUGAUCUUGGAUAGUGGAGCAACACACACCACCGCCAUUCCUGUGCACGAUGGAUAUGUGCUCCAGCAAGGCAUUGUGAAAUCGCCCUUGGCUGGAGACUUCAUCACGAUGCAGUGCAGGGAGCUGUUUCAGGAGAUGAAUGUAGAGAUAAUCCCUCCAUACAUGAUUGCCUCAAAGGAGGCCGUUCGUGAGGGAUCUCCAGCGAAUUGGAAGAGAAAAGAGAAACUGCCUCAGGUCACGAGGUCUUGGCACAACUACAUGUGCAACUGUGUAAUUCAGGACUUUCAAGCUUCUGUCCUCCAAGUGUCUGAUUCAACCUACGAUGAACAGGUGGCAGCUCAGAUGCCAACGGUGCAUUACGAAUUCCCCAACGGCUACAACUGUGACUUUGGAGCAGAGCGGCUAAAGAUUCCCGAAGGCUUGUUCGACCCUUCCAAUGUAAAGGGUUUAUCUGGCAACACAAUGCUCGGGGUUAGCCACGUGGUCACCACCAGCGUCGGAAUGUGCGAUAUAGACAUCAGACCCGGCCUCUACGGCAGUGUGAUCGUAGCAGGAGGCAACACGCUAUUACAGAGCUUUACAGAUCGGCUGAACAGGGAACUCUCUCAAAAAACACCUCCAAGCAUGCGGCUGAAGUUGAUAGCCAACAACACAACUGUGGAGCGGCGGUUUAGUUCCUGGAUCGGUGGCUCCAUUUUGGCUUCUCUGGGUACUUUCCAGCAGAUGUGGAUCUCCAAGCAAGAAUACGAAGAAGGGGGGAAGCAGUGCGUGGAGAGGAAAUGCCCAUAAACCUCAUUUUAUAUAUAUAUAUAUAAAAAACCCGGCUGCCUUCCCAGCAUUCCUAAUAUUUGAUAGCUUUAGUAUGCUCAGGAAUUGAAAUCUGUUGUUCUUUUGUAGGAAAAAUAUUACCUUUGUUUGUUUUUUUGGUGCAUCAUUCUACAGUUUCCACCAUUCGGCGUUAAUUUGAAAGGCCAAACCUGGUUCCCUUAUGGCGAGAGGAUGCCCACACCCUCUGUUAAGGCAAUAACUCUUAAUACAAACCUUUUUUUAAGUAGGGCUUUUUUUGUAUAAAUAUCUAUUUUCUGCAGAAUCUCUUUUCCUGGAAACUGACUAAGCUAUAAAAAAAAACCUGUGGAUGUAAUUUCUUGCUGAUGCCUUUCCAUGUAUUUUCUAAGAAAUGCGUCUACUUUUUGCAAACUAGUCUUCCUUGUGAUGUUGGCCUUAAUAAAAGUCCUCUAGUUUGUCUUA